GCAUCAAGACUCGCAGAGCUGGGAACCAAGAAUACUUCUGCUACUAAGAAGUAAAAAGACCUACUGAAAACAUUACACCUUGUAAAAUCAAUCCACCCACCAAGCCAAAAUGGAUAAGUUUCGUAUGAUGUUCCAGUUUCUUCAGUCCAACCAAGAGUCCUUUAUGAAUGGCAUCUGUGGCAUCAUGGCACUAGCUAGUGCUCAACUCUAUGCAUCUUUUGAGUUCAACUGCCCCUGUAUGCCUGAAUACAAUUACUCCUAUGGGGUUGGCAUAUUGGUCAUCCCAGCUAUUUGGUUCUUCAUGCUGGGGUUCGUCCUGAACAAUAACGUAUCCAUGUUGGCGGAAGAGUGGAAGCGACCAAAUGGACAGCGAGGCAAGGAUCCUACGAUUCUACGCUACAUGUUCAUUUCCAUAUCUCAGCGAUCAUUGAUCGCCCCUGCUGUUUGGAUUUCAGUUACUUUAAUGGAUGGAAAAAGCUUUCUUUGCGCUUAUAGUGUGGAUAUAGAUGUGUCUCAGUUUGGCAAUGCAACAGGAUAUGGGUUAUCAGAGGAGGAGCUCGUAAGAUUACUCGCCAAAAUCCCCUGCAAACAUAUAUUUGAUGGUUCUCAUGUUAUAUCGAGGGAAGCAGCCACCAGGUACAUACGGUGCGUUUCACAGGCAUUCGGCUGGCUUUUCCUCUUGCUCAUUACAGUCAUCGCUUUCAUGAUCCGCGCCAUUCGUCCCUGCUUCUCCCAAGCUGCCUUCCUCAAAACCAAAUACUGGUCCCACUACAUCGAUAUUGAGCGGAAGAUGUUUGACGAGAUCUGCACAGAGCACUCCAAAAGUUUUGCCAAGGUCUGCAUCCAGCAGUAUUUCGAGAGCAUUAGCGGGGAGAUGCGUAGCUUCCACGGCCAUGUGCGUGGAGAUGACAGUGACGACAAUGACGAUGAAAACCACAAAAGUGACGAGGAUAAACUGCUAGGAAUCCGUGCACAGGAGGAUAUGAAUAAAGUUCUAUGGAACUGGCACACCUGUAAGCCUCCACUAAGUCUAAAAAAAGAAGGAAACACGGAAGAACAUAGUCUCUUGAAUAAUGUUAACGAGAAUGGGACCACUGGACAAGCCGGAUAUGACAAUGCUAGUUUUAACAUAAGCCCUAAGAGUUUGGAGAGCAAUACGAUAAGAUUUGAUAAGGUUGAUUUUGGCACAACCCAAAAUAACUUUUCGAAAACCCUUUUAAAUGGUAAGGUUAGCAUGAACCAGCAUCAGCAUACCUUUGUGAAUGGAGAUGGUUAUCCAUCAAGCACUAUUGCAAAGAAAGAGUGGGCUGUAUACUAUAGCAAAGUCUGAUGCUGUCAAGUGUUUAAAACCACUGGCUGUAGACAACAGGAAAAACACAAGGUUUUGAUAUGAUUUAUUUAUUUAAAUAAAUAACAGGGACAAUACACAUUAGUCAACAUCAUUACUUCGUAACAUAAAUGUGCCAGAUUCAGACAAAUGCCUCAUUUUCAUCUGCAGUCCCUGGGUUUCUUAAAGGUCUCAAGGUCUCUCAAAAAUAAAGCCAGCCACCACAGGUCUAGCUUCAGUAGCUGUGU